AUGUCAAGCCGCGUUCAGAAGGGCAAUACAGUCUUCAGGCCCCUAGCCAAGGCGCGGUCGCGUACCACUGCUCCUAGCAUUUCUCGACAACCAUCUGCGAUACCCGAAUUCCUUUCUGAGUCCUCUAAUACUCAGGCGAGCUUUCCUCUUCUUCCAACUUCAUCCUCUCUUCCAAAUCUCUCAGAGGUUGACCAAGCCGUCAUCAAUGCAAGUGUCCUGUCAGAAACACUCCUUCAGGAUUCCCAAAUAACAAGCCCACUUUCAACCAUACCAGAAUCUUCCGCACGCGGUCCCGCCAAUCCGACGCUUAUUUUAUCACCUUCUGUCGUUGCUCCUCCUCGUCCAAAGCCUGCAGUACCCAUUGUAGUAGGCACACGCCCACCUCGACCUACCCCCUCAAUACCCUCAAUUAUCCCCGUUCCAAGCUCUACUGCGAACCCUAUUGCGCAAUCACAGUCGCGCUCUGUUGUUCCGCCCUCCAUACAGGUUUCGAGAGCGCAACAGGCUGCAACAACUUCUGUUCCUGUUCCUGUUCAUGCCAACCUCUCGAUCAAUGGCUCCGGCUCUUCAGAGUCUUUGAAUACUUCAAACAACGUACCUACUGACUCGAUAAGGACCCCAGCCGAUGCAACGAGUUCAAUAUCUGCGGACCCAUCAAUUCUUGACAGCCAGACUCAAGAAACAGCUCCCAAAACCAGGCGACGCAAGAAAAAUGAAGAUGGGGGCCCCAAGAAGACGAAGAAACGGCGGACGAAAUCCACAGACCUGGAGGAUACUGAAGACGAGAGAGAGCGAUCCUCCUCGAAGCAACCGCGUUCUCGUGCCUCCAGUGUCACGCCUCGACCUCGGAAAUGGGCGCCGUCUGUACCACCGUACGAUCCGGAUGCCGAUCCUGGUGAGGACGUAGAUCCCACAACGAUCACCAUGGCCGACUUGUGCGUCGACACGGGACAAGGUCGAGUCAGCCGUAAAGCCGCCGAAAUAUUAAGCCAUCACGCUGCGUGGAAAACCCAGAACCGAGAGAAGAGAGCCCGGAUGAAGGCCCUAAUGGAAGCCAGGAAAUACGGAAGGGAAGAAGAGGAAGAAGAGCAACAUCAGGAUGGUACACAGGAUGACGCCACUGCGUCCGAACUUCCUACGGCGGGACUUGCUACUUCCUCUGAAAACAACCCACCGAACGCAGUUGACAGUGCGGCCAAUUUCGAUUAUAGUCAGGACCUGGCAACAAGUCGAUUCAACGUCCAAGUUCGCAUUGGGCCAAAUGGCGAAAUGGUCAUAGAUGAAGAAUCCCUGGUUGUCGAUCGCGUCGAGAACGAUGGAACGGAGAAUUAUACUCACGUCGUUGAGUCCGACCACACCAAGUUUGUCAAUUCAGGGACAUACAGCAAGCGAUUUCGUGGUUCUCGUUGGAGUGCGGAGGAAACUGAGCUCUUCUACGAUGCACUGUCUCAAUACGGCGAAAACUACGAGCUCAUUGCUUAUGUCCUUCCUGGACGAGACAGAAAAUCAUGUAAAAAUAAAUUCAAAGCGGAAGAUAAGAAGAAUCAUGCGAGGAUUAACCAUUGUCUGGCGAACAGCACUCCCGUCGAUGUCAAAACAUUAUCUCGAAUGACUGGGAAAGAUUUCUCUGGUCCAGUUCCUGAAAUUCGAGCACCUCCUCCACCUCCUCAAAUAGCGGCACCCGAGGUAGAGGAAGACGAUGCGGCGACGCAGAACGAAGGACCAUCCCGGCCAACCAAGAAGAGGAGUCGAAGUAAAAGUCAAGGGCUCAACGAUAGUGACGUCGUGGUGAUAGGGGAUGCAGCGAACUUCGACGAGUCAUCGAACGGUGCUUAA